AAUCCAAUUAAGAAAAAAGAAAAAACAACACAAAGCUGCAAGAUAUACAAUCUCAAAAAACUUAAACUUUUGAACCUUUCUCCCAGUUUUCCGUGUACCCAUAAUAGACCCAAGAGACAGGGCGACAUAGUCGCCGAACCCGCAACUCAACAACAUUGCCACCCAAAAAACUCAGUCUGAAACGAGAAAAGCAAAGCGCACAUUCGCAUGAAUGAAAAACUAACAAUCUUCUCAUAGAGGCGAAGGCAGCAUUGCCACCAACAAGAGCCAACAACUUGCAGCAAUAGCAAUUUCAUGGUGGUAUAUUUCUGCUGCUGUUAGCUUUUCAUUUUUUCUCAAAACCACCAUAGCCACGAUAACGACGGGGCAUCGGACGUACGUUGAGUGAAACAGAAAUGGCAGUGCGCGUUUAGCAUUCGACAACGAAAGAAGCGAAGAAGUUUAAUGGUAAAAACAGUUGUUGAAGAAAAAAGAAAACAUCUGAAAAAAAAUAAGAAAGAAAAUCGAUAGCUGAAAAGAACAAACAAAGAAAUUUAAAAUUUUAAACAAAAUACAAUCAAAUUUUUUAUAAAAAAAGGCGUCUUAUCAUGACCGCAUUGCCCUUAACUUUGGAUACUUCACAAUCAACUACGCCAUCUCCUCUAAUGUCACCACACAUGGGCACAUUGGGAUCGCCUAUAAUCGAACCUACUGCAAAUCAACGUCCAUCUGUACUGACAUUGCUCGAGGAAAGGCAGCCACAGCAUUCCAAAGUGUCGCCGACCUCAGAAAUAGCAACUGCUGCAGCUCUCGGUAACAUUUCACCUGCCUUAAGCAGUGUCAGCAGUUUAUCGCCCUCAUUUCUGCCCGAGAUGCCACAGUGGAAACGUGACCUCAUACAACGACGAAAACAAAAUGUACAACGUACAAUAAGUGCUUCAUCGUCGACCUCUUCGCCACAAUCAGCAUCACCAUCCAUAACGUCAAACUUGAAAAACUUCACAUCUUCAACAUCAAUGUGUUCAUUAGCCGGUAGUAACGUCAAUAUUGACCAAGUUGCAACAGACAUUUCACAUUCCCCUACCAAAGACUUUAAUAAAUUAUCAACACCGAUAGACUUAGCAGAAAUCACAGCAAUAACAACUACAACAAAGGUAAACAAAUAUGCAACAGCUACACCGGCAACAGCGAUUAAAGCCACAACAACAUCGUCAGCAGCAGCUACAGCAGGAAAAACAACAACGGCAAUAACUAUAACGUCGCCCAAUAAAGAAAAAAAAGCAAAAUCGUUUGGAGGUCAAUAUACAGCAAUCGCAGCAACAAGAACGGACGCAGUACCAACAUCAGCUCAAACUACACCAUCGCCAUCACCAGCAGCAACAGUUAAUACCAAAGAAGAACAAACACAAGAAGAAGAGGAAGAAGCAGAGAUCAGUCGACAAGACAUCACAAUGGAGGAAGAAUAUUUGGAAAAAUCUAAAAAGACCAAAGAAUAUGCCCACAGCAGCAGCAAUCCCACAAAAAUAAUGAAAACCCUGAUAGGAGAGGAAGACGAAGAUGUUCAUAACAAUAUUACAACGUCUUCGGCCAUUAAACAUCAACAUCAGCAACAACAACAAACGGCAACUCGUUUAACGGGUUCUUCUUCAUACAACAAUACCAACACGACUAGCUCUUCUCUACUCAGCAAGAGAGAAAUUAUAAGCAGUAGUAGUAGUAGUAGUAGUGUGGAGAGAGAGCAGAGCUAUCAACAACAAUACCAUAACAUAACUGGAGCAAACAAUUCUUCGGCAAAUCAGUCGUCGAGUAAAUGCGAGAGUGAACGAGUAUGUGCGGCGGACAACAACAGUGCUUCUUCAUCAGUGGUGACCGUAGUGAAAAUAUCACAAAAAUUAAAAGACAAUCAAUUUAUUAAAAACGAACAACAAUACAAAACAAAAAUAAUUAAACCACUAAAAAACUUAAGUGUCGUCACAUCAUCUGUUAACCUAAACUCAUCGUCGGAUUUUAAGUCCCCCACCAAGACUGCCGCAGGAAUUUCAGCUUCUUCAUCAUCCAACUGUGCAAUUAAAAAGAAAAUGGUGGCCAUGCAAGAAAUGAAGAAGUCCACAUGUAGUGCCACCAACAAUGCCUCAGCAAAUAGUCGCAACAGUCGUGUUGGUGGUGUCACAUCCUCUAAUGAUUUGGACUCAAAUGAGGAUUUGAGCUAUGGCCCGGGCAUUGUAUCGAAACUUCGUUGCCGCUACUUGAGCUUAGCUCUGCGUGAGUCCAUGGAACAACAAAGGCUAAACAAAGAUCUUUUAAGGCGUUCUACCAGUCUAAACAAUUUGUUAGAUGAUGAUGAUCCCGCCGAAGAGGAUGAUGAUGAAGAAGAAGAGGAAGACAAUGUUGGUAAUGUAGGGGUUGGCGAUGAUGAGGGACAACACCCAAAGAUAACGACUGAAAAUUUCUCGCAGAAAAAAACCGGUAUAUUGAAAAAUUCGUGCUCCUCGCAGGAGAAACGUUUUGCUCAGGGUUCAAACGGAGUGGGUGUAACAUUUACCGAAACCUCCUCGUUCAGUAAGCGGUCGCGCCAUUUAAAACGUGGUAAUGAUUCGUUAAAACGCGCUCGGUCCGUUGAAGCAUUGCUCAGUGAAAAAUCACCUUGGCAGGGUCAACGAUCAAACGCCGCAUCAACAUGUGUGACCAUAGAGGAUAAAAUACAAAAUGCUCGUGAACGCUUGCAUCAAGGCACCGAUCACAUGCCUCCUAAGCGUUUAACUUCAAUCAUAGAUGACACUGAAAGGCCCCCACCUGAUUUGGUUAAACAAACUUUGAAGAUGUUUGAGGCCACCGCCAAUCGUCGUCCUAGGUGCACCAAUCGUUCCAACUCCAAGGGCGAUGUGGCCAGCAAAGUGGAAGCAUUUAAAAAUAUAAUAAAAGACCAAAAGCCGGUGGUGAACUAUCCCAAACCUGUUAGCCCCACUAAAAAACUAAACACUCCAAAUGUAGUGAAAUCAAGUUUGAAAUCGUCUACCCAAGCAUCUGAUCUAUUGCAUUCCCCCUUAGGUCGCAAGACAAUGGCUGCAGCCAAUUUGGAUAAAUCAGCAGCAACCGCAAAUACCCUGUCUGAACAUACUCCAGAUAUCAUACCACGACAGAAAAUUCAAUCUGAAAGAGAACUGAGCAAAGAGAAAUAUACAAUGGGCAUAAAUAAAGAGAAAUUCUUGAAUUCGUUAAUGGAACCGUCUCCCCCCACCACAAAUGUGUUGGAUUCCCCAUUUAAGAGUAGUGCCAAAGAGAAAUUCUUCUCAUCCAUGGUGGAUUCGCCAAUAUCUUCUCUUUCGAAAGACUUUGACAAAUUGAAAUUAAGCGAUAACAAUAGCAGCUCAACACCAACAGGAAAAGGCGAUAACUUGGCGCGCAAUGGUGGAACAACCCGAGGCAGCGGUGGAGGUGUGGAUGGGUGUGCUAGUGUUAGUAGUGGUGGUGGUGUCGAUGACGCAUUCCACGGCGACGAUCAAAACACAACCGAAGAACUGAAUACAAAUGAAUUCAGCUCUCUUAAAGGCGAAAACGAUAAGAUUAAGCAGCAACAAGUCAACAAUGAAAUACAAUCGAACUCCAACGCCACCGCCACCGCCGACGCCGUUAUCAAUACCGCUGUCUCUCAGGCACACGAAGCGACCGUUAAGGCUCAUGGUGCACACAGCAGUAGCGAUUUAAGUGACGGUGAAGACGACGGCGAGUACGGUAUACCAACGACAAAACGUAUAACACGUACUGCGUUGGAUAAUAUAGCCAAAGCCGGGACCACACAACAAUUUAAGUUCUCCACCACCACCACCCAUUCCUCAGCUCCCAUCAAUAGCACUUCCACCACCGCCACCACUCUGGCGGGUAAACAGAUCGGUGUUAUAAGGCCACUAUUAAAUACCUCAACAACGUCAGCGUCACCAACUAAUAAUACAAUACAAAAAGUGUUAACCACAGACUUGAACAUGGAGACUCUGAAACAUUCCACACCCUCGCCCUCGCUUACUUCGCGGGAAAUUGAGAAAAAUCGCAUAAAUGAUUUGAAAAAAUCAUCCUCCACCUCGUCAAUGUCUCCAUCGUCAUCUCCCUCAACUAGUCUAGAGAAUGUGAUUAAAGCCACCAAUGCCACCACCAACAGCAGCAGCAGCAGCAACACAUCAUCGACCGCCUCAUCAGCAUCCGGUUACACCGAAGUGGAUACGGUCAUAAGUGCCACAAACAAUCCCCUUUUUGCAAUGCGUAAACGCCGCCAAAACCCGCCCGCACCACCAGCUGAACAAACCUCAAUGGUCUUCAAUUUCUCAAAUCGCAAGGAAGUGCCCGAUUAUAUCGAGAGCGAUGGAGUUAUAUUUAGACGCAAACGCGAAUUGCCAAAGCCAAAUGAAUCCGGGUUUGUGUUAUUGGGUGAUCUCUCGGUGGAAACAUCAACCGACAUGGAUUAUGAUGAUUUUUCAAUGUGCCCUCCUUCACCAUGUGAUGUUGAAUUUGUUAAUGCUAAUAUUGUGAUUGAUGGUAAAUCAAGUAUUCGACAGAAAUCCAAAGAUGCAACGUUCCACGUACAAUUUAAUGAUACUCUUACAUCCACAUUUGAAUAUCCCUCCGAAGCGUCGCUGAUCGUGGAAGAUUCAUUCACAGCCCUGGGCAAUGAAUAUCCUGUGCCGGGCGAUUCAGAAUUCAACCAAGCAUUUCAAAAUUUAGUCCUAGAGAACUCUAUUAUGCCACCCUUGCACCAUGUUGCCGAUGAGAUUAUCCAACUGCCAACAACAACUGAUAGUAGCACACCUGCCAAUACAACACCAACCAAAAAUAUUUUAGGCAAUUUGCCAUUAGAUUGCCAAGAUUCAGAGAGGGAUACGAUAUUAACAAUAGUAACCAUUGCAGACAAGAAAGAAACGCAAGACAUUCAACCACAGGAAAUUCAGAGUCCAACAGUAUACAACGACAAAAUAUUGAACACAAACAACACCAACAACAACCCCAGCAUGAGCAACAGUUCCGACUCUCAAGAGUUACCAAAAUCAUUGGAAAUACGAAAAUCGCGAAAAGAUUUGAAACUGCCACUGUUGGAACUGCAAAAGCAGACAGCCAGGCCAAAGAAACCUCCGGUGCCAGUGAAAAAUUGCCAGAUGAUGACAUGGACACAGUCAUAUUUAAAAGCAAAUAUAGACCACAAAGCAACAGGGUUAAUAGAUUCCGGGAAACAGAUCAAGAGGCCCACAAUGAAUAUAGCAAAACCCCUACAUCAACAAUACACCAAAUUGCCUGAAGAUGCCAAAGAAUGUAAAGAUUUCAAAGGAAAUCCCCAACUGACUUCAAAAAAAGAAGAAAGGAAAACAUACCAAGGAUUUGAAAAAGAGCAUAAAGUACCCCGCAUACUAAACAAACCACAAUACUCCUGUUUUCUACAACAGCCAGAGACAGUUCGACCCAUUCAGCGAUCUCGUUCGAAUGAAUUCCGCAGGCCUGUUGUAUCAAAUCUAGUAACACCACCUGUUUUUCGGUCUCAUUCCAUGAAAAAUUUGGAGAAACCCUAUCCACAGCAAUCUUCAAAUUCUGAAACUAGUUCGGUUGUUGGGCCUUCUCUAUACUUAAAUCCCAAUGUAAAUUCACCUAAAAGAUAUCUUUUAAACCCUGAUAAUAGCCAAGCUAUUAGCCUCGCUAAACUAAAGAUUCCGAUUUCCACUUGCACUUCUGCUGAUUCUAGAAUAAACGAACCGUUCAUAUUGUCCCUUAACUACCCAAAUGAAAAGUGUAGUGCAACUGAAGACUCUUCCACUUCAGAACAAUUGGAUAACACUAUUGAAUCUGAAAUGCCUAUAUUAAUAGAAACUAAAACCUUAUCACUACCCAAGCUACUCGAAGAUUCAGAUCUUCGUUCCAAUAAAUAUGACAUAACAAUAAAUACUGAACAAUACUCUAGUUCACUUGGUGAACUAACAGGUCAUUGUGUAAAAUUAUCCCAGGAUCUGUCUUAUUCCGUACCGAAUUUAAAUGAAUCCCCUCUAAAUAGUAAACACUCGGACAACGUUUGUACAUACGGUCUAGCAAAUAAAAGCCAUAUCGUCCCUUCAAAUAGAGGCAAUUCUUGUCUUUCAAAAGAAUAUGAAUAUGAUAAAAAUUCGCAGGCAAUAUCCAAAUCUUUGCCGGAUUUAAAUAAUUCCUCAGAAGCUAAUGAGAAUUUCUACACUUUCAUGGCAAAGAACAUCAAGAAAGUUGACCAAAUGUACAAUAAGGAGAUCAUACAUACCACAGCAUCUCUACUUAAUCUAGCUGAAAAUCCAAAGAUGAUAGAUGAAAUGCCCAAAGAUUUUUGUAAGCCUCAGAAAGAAAUCUUCCAUGACAGUACCAAUGUUUCAAGUAAUGGUUCAAUAGAAAAUUUCCAAACAGGUGCUCACCUUUUGGAGGCACCAAAAAAAUGUUUAUUCACUGAUAUUGAUAGUUCUUGUAUUCCAAUCACGAAAAAAACACCUUCAUCGCCUGUAUUAAAUUUGUCAAUGGAUUCUCUGGAUAUGUACGAGAAAGAUGUAGACCAGAACCUCUCUCCUAGUUGCGAAUUUCCUAUUAAAGAAAAAACAAAAAUUACUUUUUCUUUAGAUGCAGAAAGCAAAUCUGUUUCCAUAACAGAGCUAAGUCUGGCAACUAUUUUAGAUAAACCACUUUUCUAUGCCGAUAAGCGUAGUUUAGAAGACUCUUAUACCAUGAAUUCUCAGCUACACUCCGACAAAGAAGAAAUUGCUUUAAAUGGGCAUAAUACGUUGGAGAGUUCACAUGUAGAUUAUAAUACAAUGAGCUCUGCAGACGAAAUAGUUUUAAAAGAACACCCGAUAAUAAAUGGCUUAACGGACAAUUCCAGAAUAUUAGGGGAAGAAUCUGUAAGUAAAGACAACAUUUUGAAUAUAUCAAAGGAUUUGGAUUUUGUACCUAAGGACACUACGAAAACUGCAAAUAAUUCUAUUGCUAACGAAUUUGUUUAUGAUGAAGAACAAACCUUGGAAAACUUUACUGCUGUUGCCAUUUGUUCCAAUGUCUUACAUAAAGCCAUUCCUCCCGAAAUUCAUAACUUCGAAUUAGAUUUAAAUAAGAGUUCAAGUACAAUCACUAAAGAAUGUAAUGAAAAAAUUCUAACACACAUUUUGGAACCUGAAGGCAAAGACAUUUCUAAGAAAGUUAUACAUGACAUUUUAAAAAUAGAAAACUCUAUUAAGUCUUCUAAUAUGUACAAAUAUGAUGAGGUUAAUAAAGUUUUAGCCACCCCAAAAACUUUUAAAGUUAGGACUACAGACAAAUUUAGCAUUUUUUCAAAUCCACCUUUAAAAGACUCUCUCGUAUAUUCCACAUACGAAACUGGAAAGAAGUGCGAUCGAAAUGUAUCAAAAUCGUUUAAAAAUGCUCUUACAUUGUAUGAAAGCUUUAAUGAUAAACAGAACCAAUCUAUAAAAGUUAAGCAAAAAUACAUCACUGGCUUAAAAAGGUCGACUAGUAUGGUGGAAGAUUCAGUGAAAAAUUUAAAUAUUAAGGAAAAUUUUAUCGCCCAGCAAAAAGAAAAUUUUAGCGAAUUUAAAAAUUCAGCUUUGGUAAAUACGACUGGUAAAAGCGAUGUUGAUUUAAAUAGUAAAGCAAUUUAUAAUUCUAAUAUUUUGGAAACUUGUGAAAAUGGUAAAUCAUGUAAAAUAUCUUUGGAGCCUCCAACAAAUAAUAAUUCAAUCCAAUUACAAUCAUCAUCAAACGUUUCGUGUAUCGAUUGUCCUAAAUCUGAAAUGCCAGCUGAAUUGAGUAUUUCUCAUAAUAGGUCUAAAAUAAUUUCUACGGAAUUUUCUAGCGAUGCUGUUGCCUCUUUUAUUGAUUCAAAUAUACAGUUAGCUCGAUCGGUUGAGGAUGAAACAUCUACUAUAAGUUAUACAACCUUGGAAAUUAAUGAACCUAUCCAUACUAAUAUAAACAAAUCACAAUUAUAUAAUACAUUAGAUGAAAACGGUUCUCGGGGACUACAUAAAACACCUACACUUUCGGUAAAGGUUUCUCCAAAUUCAACAUUCACCCAUGAUAAAAUGUUAAGUACUAACAUUUCUCCCCAGGUUGAGGGUGUUUCGACCAAACCAUUGCCAAAUGUUGUAAAGACCGAAUAUUCAUUUUCUCCAACUUCUCGUUCUUCCCGUUUCUCUAAUUCUUCUUCUUCUUCUAAUACCAUCAUCACCAUGACUAAAAAUAAUAAUGUCCCAGAAAUGGGCAAGGAGCAGAAUCAAAAUGAGAUACGCUCUGCGAAAAAGGCACCAAAAGUACCACCUCGUUUCUUAGCCACAAAGUCUAUAUCAACAAGCAUUAAGACAUCGAACAACUCUAUCAACUAUAACAACAACAACAAAACGACCAAGACGCCGACCACCUCCACCACCAUCAGCUACUCCUCCACUUAUUCUCCCUCUGCAUCCAAUAGUUUUAAAGCCUCUUCUUAUACACUUAAUGCAACUUCUACUACUACUUCUUCUUCUACCACCACCACCAAACACUGUGCUCCUCCUGUGCGUAGACGUAUACCUGGCAGCACGCUGUACUAUGUUUGAAAAAUGUGUGUUUUAAGCAGCCAACGAUAUAUCUACUUCUACUACUACCAUAUAUAUAGUCCACCGCCACCACCACUACCUAUCUACCAUCUAUACUUUAUAUGUUUAUAUAUGUAACCACUGUCUAUGUUCAGCACCACUUGGUUUCUACACGCCUAUGAAAGCACCCAUUGAUAAACUCUUUCAAUUGGGUGUAACCCGUGCCCCAUCGUUAGAACC